UUUUCUUUCUCUCUCCACGACGACGUCCACGCCGCUCGCAACGUCGACCAUGACAUCCCGCAUCAACAUCGCACGCCCACCUCCAGGCGGCGCCCAGUCCUCGUACGCCGCCCCCGCGAGCGACCCGUAUGGCCUCGCCAACUCGCGCCCCUCCCCAGGCUUCCGCGCUGCACCCAACCCGGACGACCCCCUCGCAAAGCUCAGGGCGUUUGGCGACUCGGUCGACGACGCCAUCAACACCUACACACAGCCCCUUCGUCCGCACCUCCCCGCCAUCGGGCGCUUCUUGAUUGUCGUGACGUUCUACGAGGACGCGCUCAGGAUUCUGACCCAGUGGAGCGACCAGCUGUGGUAUCUCCAGACACACCGCCAUUUCUACUGGGGCAUCUCGCACCUCUUCCUGCUCUUCAACGUCCUCGUCAUGCUCGCCGCCUCGUCUGCCAUCGUUGCCCGCCGCUUCCCCGAGGCAGCCUGCGCUGGUCUUUUUGCCGUCGUCGUCAUCCAGGGUUUCGGCUACGGUCUCAUAUUCGACCUCACUUUCUUCCUCCGCAACCUCUCCGUUAUUGGCGGCCUCGUCAUGGUCUUUUCAGAGACGAUGGUCACCCAGCGCAAGAGCUUCGCCGGCCUGCCGAACAUCUCGGAAACUGACCGCAAGAAGUACUUCCUCCUUGCCGGUCGCGUGCUGCUCAUCUUCCUCUUCAUCGGCUUCAUGUUCCAGGGCACCUGGUCCAUCUCCCGCGUCUUCAUGUCCCUGAUUGGGCUCGCCGCGUGCGUCAUGGUCGCCAUCGGCUUCAAGGCCAAGUGGGCCGGCACGUUCCUCGUCAUUGUGCUCUCCAUCCUCAACGUGUUCGCCAACAACUGGUGGUCCGUCCACUCGGCGCACCCGCAGCGCGACUUUUUGAAGUACGAUUUCUUCCAGACGCUUUCUAUUGUGGGCGGUCUGAUCCUCGUUGUGAACAUGGGACCUGGAGGUCUCUCGGUCGACGAGAAGAAGAAGAACUACUAAGCGGGCAUCUAGGCUUGCUGGGCGUUAGCAAAAGCCAGAAAAACAAGCGCGGAGGUGCAUCUGUGGAGUGCAGGGGGUGGUGUGAUGAUAAAGAGCGGACGACGUCUGGAUUGAUUAUGCAUAUAACGUAUCCGUCGACACGAAUUUGGGUUUCUUUUCUAGACACUACUAGUAUCGGUACCUGCAUACAUUUUGAGAGCGAGCGAGGAGGGGUGGGUAAUGAGUUAUUUAUGAA